AUAAAUGGCGAUCCAGUAUUUGGAGAGGUGGUAUCAUUUGUUAGUUUACCUUAUACUGAUAAAUGGUACAUUGUGCUGCAUCUAUGCAUUACAGAAUAUUUUUGUAGUCAUUUUUCUCGCAUAUGUCAUAUCUCAGAGUUUAGAUGCAGAAUUUAUUUGCAUAUCCAUUGAUAGCUUGUGUGACCAUAAUCCCCUCUUUAAUUAUUUGCAACCAGUUAAGUUUCUUUUUCAAAAAAAAAAAAUGGAUGUUCUUUUUAACCAUUUAUCUGGUAUCGUGAAGGGGGAUCUAUCAGCUGAAGUUAUGCGUAGAAUUCAUGAGGAGGGAUUCACUCUUGAUUCCUUUGUUUUGCUUAAUGAAGAAGAUCUUAGAGAGCUGGGUUUAAAGAUGGGUGAGCGAAAGCUUUUGAUGUCUUGGAUAAAUUCAAGUGUAAAUUCUCAAUCAUCAACAGAAUGUUCAUCAACUAUGGAUCCAACAUCUGUAUCAACACCAGCUGCAAUAAUGCUACCACUACCUGCCCGUGAUGUUGUAAUUGUAGAGUCACAGGUUUAUCCUAUCGAGGAGUUAUUAUGUAACUAUACUAAAGGAGGAACUAAAAUAGUUGAAAAUCUGAAACAAGGCAUCUACUACACAAGAUCGGAACGUGUGUUAAUGAUUAAAGUCUUUGGCAAAUACCUGAUGAAAAUUUGUUUAAUUCAAAAUGAUCCUAGUUCAAAAGAAAUGACAAAUUUGGCAAAGAGUACUGUCAUGGAAUUUCCGGUUCUAUUUUCAAAACCACAGCAAAUGGAUAUCUAAACAUUAAUUAGUUGUGCAUUUUCAAACGCUAUAUAAUUGUAAGACUAAUCAUAAUCUAGCUUCUUUUUUUUAAAGGAAGAGAUCUACUGUGCAAAGGGUGCCACUGGUUACCUUGCCCAAUAUGUGCGGCAAAAACGUCACCAAGACCCAUUUAUUAAAAAGCAUUGGACUUGGCGAAAAAAUAAGUUUUUUUUUAGGGUUAAUCUUAGCGUUACUUUUUUGUUACCAAAAUGUGUAUGUAAUACUUUUUUAAAUUUGUUAGAGUUACCAUUACUAAUCCUUUAUCAAACAUUGAUGAUGAUGAGCGUCGUCUUCGAGAAAGUAGACCAACGGCGGUUAACCUAUCUGAGUUAGUGCAGCUCAUGCAUAACACUAGAGAGCAUAGACGAGCUUGGAUCAAUACUUGCAAUCCUGAUGCCACUAGUAUUUUAAACAAAUUCCCUCGUUUGUUUGAUGUAAACGAGUUGAUUAGCAAAGAGUUUGCAGCGAUUGCAGGCGAAUUUCUUUUUCUGCGAGUUGCUAUGCUAUCUUUAAGCCAAAAGAUACUUGUUUACUCUGAAAAUCUUAAAGGUAACUCUAAUAUGCAACAAAUGUUAAGAGCGUACCAAUCUAAUGAAUUUGAUGAAG